AUGUAAUAGAUGGAAAGAUCAUGGGAUAUGCUUAAACCCUCUGCAAGAGCUUAAGUAUCAUUAAAUCCAAUAAGAAAUUGGGUUGAACAUGUAGUACCUGAAGUAGAAAAAGCAGGUAAAAAAGAAGGAAGACCAGAAAAAAAAAUUGUUUUUCUUCUAGGUGAUCCAACAGCUUACCCUAAAUUCUAAACUCCAAAUGAAUAUAAGGAAAUAGCAGCUAAUUCUGUUGGAAAAAUAGAUGGAUAUACAGAUUUUUUUGGUGACUUCAAAGUGAGAACUCAAUUGGCAGAAGUGUUAUCGUCACAUCAUAGAAAAUUAGAGGCAGAUGACAUCAUACUAGCUAGUGGUGGCAGUGGAGCUCUCUUUUAUGCUACUUUGGCUUUAGCUAAACCUGGAGAUAAGAUUUUAAUGCCCAGACCAACAUUUCCAUUAGUAAAAGCAUUUGCUGAUUUCUAUGGAAUUUAAGUUGUGUUUUAUGAUUUAAAUCCAGGAACUUGGUAAGUUAAUAUUUUAGAAUUGGAAUACAUCUAUGAAUAGAAUCCAGAUAUCAAGUUUAUUUUAGUCAAUUCUCCAAGUAAUCCUAUGGGAAGUGAAUUGAGUCCAUAAGCAUUAAAAGAAAUUGUUAAUUGUAAUAUAAUCAUAUAUAAUCAAAUUAGUUUGUGAAAGAUAUAAUCUUCCAAUAGUGAGUGAUGAAAUCUAUGAAAAUAUGAUUUUUGAAAAGAGAGAGUUUAAAUUUAUUUCUGAUUAUACUAAAACUGUUCCUGUUUUGAGAUGUUCUGGUUUGACCAAAAAAUGUCUCGUUCCUGGUUGGAGAUUAGGUUGGUUAGCUCUAUAUGGAGAGGGAGAUACUUUCAAAUAGGUUAAAUAGGCCUUAAGAAAUAUAUCAAACAUUUUAUUGAUGCCAAAUACUAUUUGUUAAGCAGCACUUUGUGAAGUCUAUAAAAAGAGUUUAGAUAUUAUUCCUGAAAAAAUGGAGGAACUUCAUGCUAGAUAUAAGGCAUUACAUCAUGGACUUCAUGAUGCUUAUGGAAUUAGUGUUGGAGAAACUAAAGGGGCUAUGUAUGCAACUUUGAUUAUUAAUACUGAAGAGUUUUCAGAUAUUAAUUCAUCUAUUGACUUUGCCAAGAAGCUUUAAUAGGAGUAAAAUGUCCUAGUCUUUCCUGGUGAAUUGUUUUAUGGUGAAAAGUUUGUUAGAUUGGUCAUUUGUUGUGAUCUAGAAAUAAUAGAAGAAGCUUGUUAAAGAAUUAAGAAGUUCUGUUUAGAUCAUAAGAAAGUGUGAAUAUAUUUAUUGUAAUCAUAUAAUAAUUAAGAUUUGUACUAUAAUCUCUGUUGUGUUAUAUUCUAACUCAAAUCAUCAUUAAUAUAAUAAUCUUGAUUUUUAUACAUAGUAAAUUUUUUAUGGAUUCAAAGUCUUUAAAAGGAAAUAGGAGUAAGAAAUAUGAAAAAACAACUUCAGAAGAAAGAGCUAUGAUAAUUUUAAUGAAAGAAAAUGGAGUAUCAUGCAAAGAAAUUAGUGAAGCUUUAAAAAAAAAUAUAAAAACUAUCUAAUCAAUUAAAUCAAUCGAAAAAAGAUCUGAGUAUGGAGAAUUGAAAAAAGCCUUAAUUGAGUUUGGUUAUGAUUGGGUGAUUCAAAAUAAAAAUCUUAAUGUAAUGAAUUUAGCUUUGAUGAUAGAUAGAAAAUACUAGAAAGUUAGCUAAAAGUGUAAAUCGAUUAAUCAAAGAAUAAUUGACAUCAAAAACAUCAUAAUUUCAAAAAUUAAUACCAGAACACAAGAUAUUAUCAAAUAAAAGAAGAAUAAUUCAGCAAAUUGUAGAUUCUAUUAUUUAAAAAGUUUUCAACUCUAAAUAACUUUUAGAAAACUUAGAAACAACAAAUUAAUAGAAAAUUAUACCUAAAGAAGAAGAACCUGAUGAUUAAAAUAAGGAGUAUUUAAAUUUUGGUUAACUUACGAUUUUGCAAAUGUAUUAUGCAUAUACCUAAUUUAUAUAAUAAAGUAUACAAUAGAAUGAUCUCAAAAAUUGA